AUGGAAACCUCCUUUGGCAAGUGCGGCCACGGCCGUAGGGGGCGCCGCCGGUGCGAGGGAGGCCUGGGCUCGGGGCUGUGGGAGGGCGCCGGGCGGCCGUGGAAUCUGCGACACGCCGGGUCGGGGCUAAUUUUCCCGGUGGAAACUGGGGCGGGCUCCCGGGCGGUGGGCGCGCGGCUCCAGGGGUCCCAGGCUGGCGUCCAGCCCACGUGCGUGGCGCGUCUUUGGUCCCGGAACUGGUAGCUUCACGUGAUGUGCGCCUGGCCUGACAGCCCUUCCUCACCGCGAGUCUCGGGGCGCCGGGCCGCUGGGUUCCGCUCGGACGCCCCAGGGGCGCAGCGGGGCGAAUCUCCCUUCCUGGCGGGGUCCCUUGCCUUGGCGGUAGAGGCUGUGGACCUGGAGUGACAGCGACGCUCGGGCCUGGCUCCAGCGUCCUGCGGACAGACCUGUCGCUAUCAUCGCCAGGAACCCACACGAGAGAAAAACUGUGUCAUGUGCUGUUUUGAAUCUAGCAUGGGUUCCUUGGAUAUCACCCAGAGUAUUGAAGACGACCCACUUCUGGAUGCCCAGCUUCUCCCACAUCACUCACUACAAGCUCACUUUAGACCCCAAUUCCAUCCUCUUCCUACAGUCAUCAUAGUGAAUCUUCUGUGGUUUAUUCAUCUUGUGUUUGUUAUUUUAGCAUUUUUGACAGGUGUGCUUUGUUCUUAUCCUAAUCCAAAUGAGGACAAGUGCCCAGGAAAUUACACAAACCCACUGAAAGUUCAGACGGUCAUAAUCCUUGGGAAAGUUAUUUUGUGGAUUCUCCAUUUACUCCUUGAAUGCUACAUCCAGUACCACCACAGCAAAGUCAGAAACCGAGGCUAUAACUUGAUCUACCGAUCGACAAGGCAUCUCAAGAGACUUGCGCUAAUGAUACACUCCUCGGUGAAAAUCUGGAAAUUUAAUAAAGCUAAACCAGAGCCUGAUAUACUUGAAGAAGAAAAAAUCUGUGCUUACCCCAGCAAUAUUACCUCGGAGACUGGAUUCAGGACUAUUUCAAGCCUAGAAGAAAUUGUUGAAAAGCAAGGAGACAUCAUUGAAUACCUGAAGCGCCACAAUGCGCUGCUGAGUAAGCGAUUGUUGGCUCUCACUUCCUCGGACCUGGGCUGUCAGCCAAGUAGAACAUGAGAGGCUCACCCUCAUGACAGCAAUUGCAGAGAAACCCAGAGUAAUUCAAACUGACUGACUACCCGACAAGCUGCCACAGGGAACUGCAGCAUUUGCUGAAUAGCAUUUUACAGUGUUUGUUGGAAACCUGAAUUUGGUUCUGACUUCUGUGGCUGUUUAAAAUAUAGGGCUUGGGCCGGGCGCGGUGGCUCAAGCCUGUAAUCCCAGCACUUUGGGAGGCCGAGGCGGGUGGAUCACGAGGUCAAGAGAUCGAGACCAUC